CUUGACUUUUUAUUGCAGUGUUACGCGUACGCCGGCAAGUGGCCAAAAAUGCUGGAACAGCUACAUAAGUUUUGUCGACUGCACGCGAGGCAACUCAGCACCAGCCCUGCAGUCUCUCAAUCCUUCAGGAAGUGGUACCAACAGCUGUGGACUACCGAGCGCACAAAUUUACCGCCCUACAGCCACUUCACACAGAUCGGAGAUCCCGUGUUGCGGGACAGAGCGGCAGAAGUCCCAGUGGAAUGUGUGGACAGCAAAGAGAUUCGUGCGAUAGUGGACCGCAUGGUGCACGUGCUACGCAAGUAUGACUGUGUGGGCAUUGCUGCACCUCAAAUUGGCGUCUCCCUGCGAAUAAUUGCCAUGGAGUUUAGGCGUGGCAUUAAAAAGGAGCUUCCCGAAGCGAUGUACAGGGCGCGACAAAUGUCCGAGCUGCCACUGACUGUAUUCAUCAAUCCAAGACUGAGUGUCACGAACUAUACCAAACACAAGCAUCCGGAGGGUUGCAUGAGCGUUCGCGGAUUCUCAGCGGAAGUGGAGCGUUAUGAAGCCGUGAAACUGUCCGGGCUGGACAGACAAGGAGAAAACCUCUCGUUGGAACUUAGUGGCUGGAACGCGCGCAUUGCCCAGCAUGAAAUGGAUCAUUUGGAUGGCAAACUGUAUACGGAUCACAUGGACCGUUCCACAUUCACGUGCACCUGCUGGGAAACGGUGAAUACGAAGUCUGGCCGUGUGGAAAUCCCCUUUUACAAAUAAUAUCUACACGCUGUUCCCUCUAGUUAUUGUUGCUAAAAAUUUAUUCAUUGAAACGGAA